AUGGACGACAAGCAAGGAAAAUCUUUAGGUUUAAAAAAUAAUAAUAGUAAACUUCCUAGGAAAAUAUUUGAUUCUCCUUCAAGUAAAGCUAGAAUAUUAACGCCGGUAAAAAAUGCUUUGCAUAAAUCUCAAGGAAAUGCAUAUAAAUUUUGCAAAGCUUUGCAAAAUAUUGUUGAUAAUAAAGAAAACGAGGAUGUUAAUGCAGAAAACUUUGAUAAAGCAUGGGAACUUUAA